AUGGCCUCCGCCCGGGGACGCCUGCCCCCCGCGCUCUGGGUCGUCACGGCCGCGGCGGCGGCAGCCACCUGCGUGUCCGCGGCGCGCGGCGAAGUGAACUUGCUGGACACAUCAACCAUCCACGGGGACUGGGGCUGGCUCACGUAUCCGGCUCACGGGUGGGACUCCAUCAACGAGGUGGACGAGUCCUUCCGGCCCAUCCACACGUACCAGGUGUGCAACGUCAUGAGCCCCAACCAGAACAACUGGCUGCGCACCAGCUGGGUGCCCCGCGACGGCGCCCGGCGCGUCUACGCCGAGAUCAAGUUUACCCUGCGCGACUGCAACAGCAUGCCCGGCGUGCUGGGCACCUGCAAGGAGACCUUCAACCUCUACUACCUGGAGUCGGACCGCGACCUGGGCGCCAGCACGCACGAGAGCCAGUUCCUCAAGAUCGACACCAUUGCAGCCGACGAGAGCUUCACGGGCGCCGACCUGGGCGUGCGGCGCCUCAAGCUCAACACGGAGGUGCGCGGCGUGGGCCCGCUCAGCAAGCGCGGCUUCUACCUGGCUUUCCAGGACAUCGGGGCCUGCCUCGCCAUCCUGUCCCUCCGCAUCUACUACAAGAAGUGCCCCACCAUGGUGCGCAACCUGGCUGCCUUCUCGGAGGCGGUGACCGGGGCAGACUCCUCCUCUCUGGUGGAGGUGCGGGGCCAGUGCGUGCGGCACUCCGAGGAGCGGGACACGCCCAAGAUGUACUGCAGUGCCGAGGGCGAGUGGCUGGUGCCCAUUGGCAAGUGCGUGUGCAGCGCCGGCUACGAGGAGCGGCAGGAUGCCUGUGUGGCCUGUGAGCUGGGCUUCUACAAGUCGGCCCCCGGGGACCAGCUGUGUGCCCGCUGCCCUCCCCACAGCCACUCGGCGGCCCCUGCCACCCAGGCCUGCCGCUGUGACCUCAGCUACUACCGCGCAGCCCUGGACCCACCGUCUGCAGCCUGCACCCGGCCGCCCUCAGCACCAGUGAAUCUCAUCUCCAGCGUGAAUGGGACCUCUGUGACCCUGGAGUGGGCCCCUCCACUGGACCCGGGCGGCCGCAGCGACAUCACCUACAACGCCGUGUGCCGCCGCUGCCCCUGGGCGCUGGGCCGCUGCGAGAAGUGCGGGAGCGGCACCCGCUUCGUGCCCCAGCAGGCGAGCCUGGUGCAGGCCAGCCUGCUGGUGGCCAACCUGCUGGCCCACAUGAACUACUCCUUCUGGAUAGAGGCCGUCAACGGCGUGUCCGACCAGAGCCCCGAGCCCCGCCAGGCCGCGGUCGUCAACAUCACCACGAACCAGGCAGCCCCGUCCCAGGUGGUGGUGAUCCGCCAGGAGUGGGCAGGGCAGACCAGCGUCGCGCUGCUGUGGCAGGAGCCUGAGCAGCCCAACGGCGUCAUCCUGGAGUACGAGAUCAAGUACUACGAGAAGGACAAGGAGAUGCAGAGCUACUCCACCCUCAAGGCUGUCACCACCAGGGCCACGGUCUCGGGCCUCAAGCCGGGCACCCGCUACGUGUUCCAGGUCCGAGCCCGCACCUCGGCAGGCUGCGGCCGCUUCAGCCAGGCCAUGGAGGUGGAGACGGGGAAACCACGGCCCCGCUAUGACACCCGGACCAUCGUGUGGAUCUGCCUGACCCUCAUCACCGGCCUGGUCGUGCUUCUGCUCCUGCUGAUCUGCAAGAAGAGGCACUGCGGCUACAGCAAGGCCUUCCAGGACUCCGAUGAGGAGAAGAUGCACUACCAGAACGGGCAGGCACCUCCACCUGUCUUCCUGCCCCUGCACCACCCCCGGGGGAAGAUCCCGGAGCCCCAGUUCUAUGCAGAACCCCACACCUACGAGGAGCCGGGCCGGGCGGGCCGCAGUUUCACCCGCGAGAUCGAGGCCUCCAGGAUCCACAUUGAGAAAAUCAUUGGCUCCGGAGAGUCAGGAGAAGUCUGCUACGGGCGGCUGCGGGUGCCGGGGCAGCGGGAUGUGCCCGUGGCCAUCAAGGCCCUCAAAGCCGGCUACACGGAGAGACAGCGGCGGGACUUCCUCAGUGAGGCGUCCAUCAUGGGUCAGUUUGACCACCCCAAUAUCAUCCGCUUGGAAGGCGUCGUCACGCGUGGCCGCCUGGCAAUGAUCGUGACCGAGUACAUGGAGAACGGCUCUCUGGACGCCUUCCUGAGGACUCACGACGGGCAGUUCACCAUCAUGCAGCUGGUGGGCAUGCUGCGAGGGGUGGGCGCCGGCAUGCGCUACCUCUCCGACCUGGGCUACGUCCACCGCGACCUGGCCGCCCGCAACGUCCUGGUGGAUGGCAACCUGGUCUGCAAGGUGUCCGACUUCGGGCUCUCGCGGGUCCUGGAGGACGACCCCGAUGCCGCCUACACCACCACGGGAGGGAAGAUCCCCAUCCGCUGGACAGCCCCCGAGGCCAUCGCCUUCCGGACCUUCUCCUCGGCCAGUGACGUGUGGAGCUUCGGUGUGGUCCUGUGGGAGGUGCUAGCCUACGGGGAGAGGCCCUACUGGAACAUGACCAACCGGGACGUCAUCAGCUCCGUGGAGGAGGGGUACCGCUUGCCAGCACCCAUGGGCUGCCCCCGGGCCCUGCACCAGCUCAUGCUUGACUGUUGGCACAAGGACCGGGCUCAGCGGCCUCGCUUUUCCCAGAUUGUCAGCAUCCUUGAUGCGCUGAUCCGCAAUCCUGAGAGUCUCAGGACCACCGCCACGGUCGGCAGGUGCCCGGCCCCCGCCUUUGCCCGGAGCUGCUUUGACCUCCGCGGGGGCGGGGGUGGCAGCGGGGGCCUCACCGUGGGGGACUGGCUGGACUCCAUCCGAAUGGGCCGCUACCGGGACCAUUUUGCCGCCGGCGGUUACUCCUCUCUGGGCAUGGUGCUGCGAAUGAACGCCCAGGACGUGCGUGCCCUGGGCAUCACCCUUAUGGGCCACCAGAAGAAGAUCCUGGGCAGCAUCCAGACCAUGAGGGCCCAGCUGACCAGCACCCAGGGGCCCCGCCGGCACCUCUGA